AGAGACACACACACACACACACACACAGAGACACACACACACACACACACACACACACAGAGAGCUGCUGCAGUGACAAGAGAUCUGCGGAUAUAAACAAAUGCACGCAUUUUAUCCCGGAGUCACACUGAGGAUCUUUUCCGACCUGCUCUCAGGCUGUGUGACACUUCAUGAUCCAUGUCGGUGAAAACAAGCCGCUUUUAGGAGCUGACAUUUAUCCGAAAGUCUGUAUUUUGAACUCUUUGUUUAUGUGUAAAGGAGAAAUCAGAAGGCAAUGACAGAGCUGAGGAAGCGCGGAGGAGACAGAGAGCCUGACAGCACUGACAAUAUCAGCGAUAAGGAAGCAGAUGGAGAAGACAGGCUGGGCCUGACCAGUGAAGGGGAAGGGGACACAGAGGGCGAGUGUAAAGCACACACUCCUGACGUGCCGUUGUCCACCGACAACACUCCACAAUGUCUCAACAAAGCUCUGGAGGGCCUGUCAUCCAGAUGGAGGAACUGGUGGGUACGAGGGAUUCUAUCGCUUAUGAUGAUCGUAGGCUUCUUCCUGAUCAUCUAUCUGGGACCCAUUAUGCUUAUAUUUGUGGUUAUGACUGUACAAAUCAAGUGUUUUCAUGAAAUCAUAACCAUCGGAUAUAGAGUUUAUCAUUCCUACGAACUUCCGUGGUUCAGAACGUUGAGCUGGUACUUUUUGGUUUGUGUGAACUACUUCUUCUACGGGGAGACAGUAGCCGAUUACUUUGGUGCUUUAGUCCAACGGGAGGAACCUUUGCAGUUCCUUGUUCGUUAUCAUCGCUUUAUUUCUUUCACUUUGUACUUGGCAGGUUUCUGCAUGUUUGUUCUGAGCUUAGUGAAGAAGCAUUAUCGCCUGCAGUUUUAUAUGUUCGCUUGGACCCAUGUGACUCUGUUGAUUGUGGUAACUCAGUCUCACCUGGUCAUUCAGAACCUUUUUGAAGGAAUGAUCUGGUUUAUUGUACCAAUAUCCAUUGUCAUCUGUAAUGACAUCAUGGCUUACCUGUUUGGCUUCUUCUUUGGAAGAACACCUCUGAUUAAGCUUUCUCCAAAGAAGACCUGGGAAGGUUUUAUUGGAGGCUUCUUCUCUACGGUGGUCUUUGGGUUCAUUUUUGCCUACCUGCUAGCCCAGUACCAGUACUUUGUGUGUCCGGUAGAGUACAACAGCGAGACUAAUCGUUUUGCUGUGGAGUGUGAACCCUCAGACCUGUUUGUGAUACAUGAGUACACACUGCCUGCAGUGGUCCAGAAUGUCCUGCGAUGGAAAACAGUGAAGCUAUACCCGUUUCAGAUUCACAGCAUUGCUCUGUCAUCGUUCGGUUCGUUGAUCGGACCAUUCGGUGGCUUUUUUGCCAGCGGAUUCAAAAGAGCAUUUAAAAUCAAAGAUUUUGCAGACACCAUCCCUGGACAUGGUGGUAUCAUGGACCGCUUUGACUGCCAGUAUCUCAUGGCUACGUUUGUUCAUGUUUACAUAGCAAGCUUUAUCAGGGGCCCGAAUCCCAGUAAGGUGUUACAGCAGCUUCUGGUCCUUCAGCCUGAACAACAGCUCAGCAUUUUUAAUACACUGCGUAACCACCUGAGAGAGAAAGGCAUGCUGCUUCCUGCUGCGCUGGAGGAAUGAAGAAACACUCAUAUGUUCACUAUUUCAGUUAGAACAGUAAGGUUUAGCUAUUUAUCACUUUGCACAACUGUGGAAGCACAGCCAUCACUCUAGAAACUCUGGAGAAACACCGUGCAGUUUGGCUUUACCUCACACUUCUACUACACAAACAGCUCUACACUAAUGUGACCACAAGGGGGCAGUGUGCUUCUUCUCAUAUAUUUUUUUUUCUUUCUUAUUUUUUUUUAUUCUUUUUGCUUCUUAUACUUAUUCUUCUGCCUCUUCGUCUCCUUCGCCGAACUGCAUGUGAUACAUGUCUUCUGACAAACAGAAGGAAAGAUGGAAGCACAGAGUAAGUGAAGUCAGAGAGCUGGAAGUUUGAAAAUAGCUCUUUAUCCCGAGUUUGGGGCAUUGCACUGAUUUUAGAUUUGAUUCUAGUGUAAUUUCUGACGUGUGAUUGAUUGAUUGGCAGAAAUUGGACAGUUUGCUUCUGCAGUAAUUCCAAGCUGUCACAGUGGGAUGUGCUACAGUAUACAGGCUUAGCAUGAUGAUAAUCGUAUCAGAUGCACACAAAUAAUCAACAACUAAAAACAGCAUGAGUCGUCCAGUUACUUCUGAACGUAGCACUUCUCUCUUUUCCCAUGAACAGUUAUAUACCGAAAUGUUCCAAAGCUGUAGGAUGUACAAUUGUAGUUAUGUAUUAAUGUACAUAGAUCUGGAUGAUACUAAAAGAUUUAAAAUAUAUAAUGAUUAUUACUCAAAACUUAAAAUCCUAUAUAUGUUAUAGGAAUGAAGAUAUAUGCAAACUUUUAGAUGUAACUUUUUUAAAUAGAGAUUUAGCAUGAUUAAUCUGCUGUGUGAAGGACAGUACGGCGAACAAAUAAUAAGUUAUUUUUGUUUUUACUGAAAGACGAGAACUAAACACUAAAUUAUUUGUAUUUAUAUCAUUAUUACUAUAUAAAUACUUCAAUUAAAAAAAAAAAAACAUAGGAGGUUUUUAUCUCUGAACAGCGACGUCUUAGGGUAGAAUCUGCGUCUUUAAAAGGAGUGAAGUUGAUCAAAUGUAUGUGUUUACUGUUUUAUCAUCUAGCAGCCAUGUUGUGUGUUAUACUGACCGACCCAAAACAAAAAAAAUAA